AUGAAACUAAUGGACAAGGCUCACGGUGUCCAUCACGUUUGGCCUGGAUUCUUUGUGAGUUUCCAUCUAUCCCGGCCACUUUCUCCAUCUCAGUCUAUCCUAUUCUCACUGUCUAUCAUUUUCUUUUGUCCAUCUCAGUCUGUCCUAUUCUCUUUUUCCAUCACAGUCUCUUGUCCAUCUCAGUCUGUCCUAUUCUCUUUAUCCAUUACAGUCUCUUGUCCAUUUCAGUCUGUCCUAUUCUCUUUGUCCAUCACAGUCUUUUGUCCAUCUCAGUCUGUCCUAUUCUCUUUGUCCAUCACAGUCUCUUGUCCAACUCAGUCUGUCCUAUUCUCUUUGUCCAUUACAGUCUUUUGUCCAUUUCAGUCUGUCCUAUUCUCUUUGUCCAUCACAGUCUCUUGUCCAACUCAGUCUGUCCUAUUCUCUUUGUCCAUUACAGUCUUUUGUCCAUCUCAGUCUGUCCUAUUCUCUUUUUCCAUCACAAUCUCUUGUCCAUCUCAAUCUGUCCUAUUCUCUUCGUCCAUCAUGUUCUUUUGUCCAUCUCAGCCUGUUCUAUUCUCUUUGUCCAUCAUGUUCUUUUGUCCAUCUCAGUCUGUCCUAUUCUCUUUUUCCAUCACAGUCUUUUGUUCAUCUCAGUCUGUCCUAUUCUCUUUGUCCAUUACAGACUUUUGUCCAUCUCAGUCUGUCCUAUUCUCUUUGUCCAUAACAGUCUUUUGUCCAUCUCAGUCUGUCCUAUUCUCUUUGUCCUUUACAGUCUUUUGUCCAUCUCAGUCUGUCCUAUUCUCUUUGUCCAUUACAGUCUCUUGUCCAUUUCAGUCUGUCCUAUUCUCUUUGUCCAUCACAGUCUCUUGUCCAACUCAGUCUGUCCUAUUCUCUUUGUCCAUCACAGUCUCUUGUCCAACUCAGUCUGUCCUAUUCUCUUUGUCCAUUACAGUCUUUUGUCCAUCUCAGUCAUCUGUCCUAUUCUCUUUGUCCAUUACAGUCUUUUGUCCAUCUCAGUCUGUCCUAUUCUCUUUGUCCAUCACAGUCUCUUGUCCAUCUCAGUCUCUCCUAUUCUCUUUGUCCUUCACAGUCUUUUGUCCAUCUCAGUCUGUCCUAUUCUCUUCGUCCAUCAUGUUCUUUUGUCCAUCUCAGCCUGUUCUAUUCUCUUUGUCCAUCAUGUUCUUUUGUCCUUCACAGACUUUUGUCCAUCUCAGUCUGUCCUAUUCUCUUUGUCUAUUACAGUCUGUUCCUGUCUCUUUGGCCAUCUCAAUUUUCCCCAUUCGCUUUGUACAUCUCAAUCUUUCUGUCCGUCUCGUUUGUGGUGUUCUCUGUAUCCAUCUCUGUCUUUCCUAUUCUCUUUGCUCAGCUCAGUCUCUUUUUCCUUCAAGGCCUGUGUUUUUCUCUUUGUCCAUCCCGAUCUGUCCUAGUCUCUUUGUCCAUCACGCUCCGCCCUAUUCGCUUUGUCCAUCUCUCUGUCCUGUACACUUUGUUCAUUUAUGGUCUGUCCUUUUCUCUUUGCCCGCCGCAAUCUCUUUUUCUAACAUGGUCUGUCCUUUUCUCUUUGUCCAUCCUGAUCUAUUCUUUUCCCUUUGUCCAUCUCGGUUUGUCGUAUUUCCCUUGACGUCUCGAUCUGACUAG